UUCAAAAUCGUUAAACACUUUGCAAAAUAGUUCAUUAUGAAACUUUUUAGCGAAACAUUGUUCGGUCGGUGCUGGGCGAAAUUAACAACGAAACAAGAAUUGAAUUUGGAAAAUGCGGAACGCAGUGAAGAACCCGCGGUGGCUGUAAUAUAUCAACCCAAAGAAGAUGAGGCAUAUCCGAUGAAAAAUGAUUCCGACAAUAGAAACGGUGAUGUGGCUCUUCCAAUCGCUCAGAACUACACAAAACCCAAAGAGAAAAGUUUGUUGGCAAGACGGCUUUAUAUUCUCUCCUGGAUUGGUAGCUAUGAACGUGAAAAAGGAAUGUCCGAUUUGAUUGCCGGCAUUACAUUGGGCAUGACAAUUAUUCCACAAAGUAUAGCCUAUGCGGCGCUGGCGGGUCUCUCAUCGGAAUACGGUUUAUAUUCAGCAUUUAUGGGUUCCAUUAUUUAUGUUUUCUUCGGUACCAUACCCCAAGUGUCUAUCGGUCCUACAAGUUUAAUGGCUCUGUUGACGUUGCAAUAUUGUUCGGAUAAGCCAGUUCAAAUUGUCAUCGUUUUAGCAUUUAUGGCGGGACUGGUUGAGCUGUUAAUGGGCGUUUUUCGAUUGGGUUUUAUUGUGAAUUUUAUACCAUCACCUGUAACGAAGGCCUUUACCUCGGGAACAGCCCUGAUUGUGGCCUUGGUUCAAAUGAAAACUUUGUUUGGUGUCAAAGUCAAGGGAAUACCAACUCCCGCUGAAUUUUGGAAUAAUAUCAAGGUUCCAGAUGCAAUUGUGGGAGUUACUUGUCUCGUUGUACUGCUGCUUUUGAGACAAUUAUCCAGCGUGAACUUCAAGAAGAAGAAUGAGACAACAAGACGUCUGAAGAAGCUUCUUUGGUACAUCAGUAUCUCACGCAAUGCAUUGGUCGUCUUCGUUUUAAGCUUCAUCGCCUACAUGUGGAUUAAGAAGAGUUCCAUUGAAGCCAUUCCAUUUUCGCUGUCAUCGAAAGUUACUUCCGGUUUGCCUCAAUUCAAAUUGCCACCUUUCUCAUUUGAGAGCGGUAAUAGGACAUAUGGAUUCUUUGACAUCUGUUCGGAAUUGGGUAGUGGCUUGAUUGUCGUACCCAUUGUUGCUGUUUUAGCCAAUGUGGCUAUUGCCAAGGCUUUUGUUAAGGAUAGUCAACUGGAUGCUUCGCAGGAAAUGUUAACAUUGGGUCUGUGUAACUUGGCCGGUUCAUUCUUCAGUGCCAUGCCCACAUGUGGUGCAUUUACCCGUUCAGCUGUCAGUCAGGCAAGUGGUGUGAAAACACCAAUGGCUGGUAUUUAUACUGGCAUUAUUGUCUUCUCUGCCCUGUCGAUUCUUACACCAUAUUUCCAGUAUAUUCCAAAAUCCUCGCUCUCAGCCGUACUUAUAGCUGCUGUGAUAUUCAUGGUUGAUUUUAGUCCAUUCUUAAAUCUAUGGAAAAACAAUAAAAAAGACUUCUUCAGCUGGACUGGUUGUCUGGUGGUGUGUUUGGUAGCCGGUGUCGAAGUGGGUCUCCUGUAUGGCAUUGUACUUAAUAUGAUAUUUGUGUUACUCAGGUUGGGCAAUCCCAAAGUGGAUGUUAAUCUCAAACAGUGUGAUUCUGUCACCUAUGUCCACAUCAAACCCAUGUCCGAUGUCUAUUUCUCUGGCGCCGAUGCGAUACGCACCGAAAUUCGCUCAGCUUGCAUUCUAUAUCGUUACGAUUUCCCAGUGGUGCUGGAUUGUUCCCGCUUCAUGCUCUUUGAUGCCACUUUCAUUGAAAUGCUCAACGCAGUGGCCAAGGAGAUUAACGAACAAAAGCAAAUAUUCGUUCUCCAGUCGUUGAGUGAAAAACAUAAACCUCUAUUUCCCGCUGCCAACUCGAAUAUUAUUUUUGCCAUGGACCCCUUGACUGUGGACGAUUUUAUGACUGCCGAGAAAAAGGCAAAUGGAAAUGGCAGUCUCAUGGCUUAAGUUAGUUAAGUUAGAAUAUUUAAUUAAGAAACGUUGACUGUGACAUACAUAUGAUUUACAUAUGUAUGCAUGUAUUUAGUUAUGAACACUUAAAAGAUGGAGUAUUACACGAGUUUGAAACUCGUUUGUUGCGAUAUUGUUACGAAUAAAGUAAGAAAUUAAAUUCAUAAAAUUAAA